GUGGUUGAAAAGAAAAAGAAACAGUAAGUGCGGAUCUCCCCUUUAAUUUGCAUAGUUAGGAGAGCCACAUAACCCAUACAUCUAUUAGCUGCAGUUUUUGAUACCUAUAUUGACUCUGUCUCCUACUCUCCCUCCCUCCCAUCCUAUAUAUACACAUUUCUCUUCUUCCUCACCUUCUUUCUUGGUUCUUAGAAUUCAAUCCCAGAAACUGAAAUCAACAAGCUUUCUUUAAUUCCCAGAAUCGAAUUACAGCUUCUAGCUAAGUUAAACGUCAGAGCUUUGAGGAUCAGGACAUUAUGGAGAUUUCUGCUUACAAACCCUAUGGUGAUCCUGAGUUCGAGUCACUCAUAGAAAGAAUUCACCCUCCCAGAGUGUGCAUUGAUAAUGAUUCCUGCCGAGACUGCACUAUAGUGAAGGUUGAUAGUGCGAACAAACACGGUAUAUUGCUGGAGAUGGUUCAAGUUCUGACUGAUCUCGACCUUGUGAUUUCAAAAUCAUACAUAUGCUCUGAUGGUGGCUGGUUAAUGGAUGUUUUCCACGUGACUGACCAACUUGGGAACAAAAUUACUGACGAAAGCCUCAUCCACUACAUCGAACAGGCUAUUUGUGCUAGUAGAAGAGGGUCCAGGGAAAUCCAAACAUGUGUUGAUAGAAAUGUAAGACCAAGGCAUGUUUCAAUGGAGCACACGGCUAUGGAGAUGACGGGGAUAGAUAGACCCGGACUAAUGUCUGAGAUAUCUGCUGUGCUGGCUGAGUUGGGUUGCCACGUGUCUGCUGCUGUGGCAUGGACACAUAACAAACGAGCAGCAUGCAUUGUCUACGUGGAAGAUGAACUGAAGCAUGGGCCAAUCCAGGACCCCUAUCGAGUGGCACAAGUACAGGAACAACUGGAGAAUGUUGUAGAGGCCCACCAUUAUGAUGGGGAGCGACGGAGUGUGAGGCUCGCAGCACCGGCAGCUAGCCAAACCCAUACCGAAAGGAGGCUCCACCAAUUGAUGGCUGCUGACAGAGACUAUGAGCAAUGUUGUUCCUGUGGUUACGAGUCGAGUGCAGAUGAUGAAGUAUACAGGCAGAAAAAGGGAUGUAAUGGUACAGAAGUGAAGGUAGAAAAUUGUAGGCAGAAAGGCUACUCCAUUGUUACUGUGAGGAGUGUAGACAGACCCAAAUUACUAUUUGACACUAUCUGCACCUUGACAGACUUGCAGUAUGUCGUAUUCCACGCCUCCAUCAGCUCUUUUGAAUCCAUUGCUGUUCAGGAAUACUAUGUGAGACACAAGAAUGGAUGGACUCUGGAUUCAGAAAGUGAAAGACGUAGACUGACCCAAAAUCUGAUGGCUGCCACUGAGAGGAGAGUAUCCCAUGGAUUGAGGCUGGAUGUUAGUACUCAAAACAGGGUAGGAUUGUUAUCAGACGUUACAAGAGUGUUUCGGGAGAGCGGAUUAUCCAUUAGCAGGGCCGAGAUUGGGAUACAAGGCGAAAAAGCAGUUGGCACAUUCUAUGUAAAAGAUGCUUCAGGACAAGCUGUUAACCCAGAAACCUUGGAGACAGUACGAAGAGAAAUUGGAGGCACUGUCCUGGUGGUAAAUAAAUCCUUGGGGAGAUCAAGUUCUCAACCCACUUCUUCAUCAAAUACAAUCCCUAACAUAAGCACUAGCCGCAGCAGCAGCAAGCAAGACAAACCUGGUUUCUCACUAGGGAGCUUGUUGUGGUCUCAGGUUGAGUGGCUUUCUAGCAAUUUCAGACCUAUAAAAUCCUAAGAUUCCAACUGGUGCUCCGGAGAUGCUUGUCUGUUUUGGCCAUCUUAUUUGUAAAUACAUAGCAUCAUCCCUCUGUAAAUAAUUAGCAACACUUGUAAAUAAUGAUAGUCACAUGAUACCAUGUA